CGAUCCGGCACCGCCGCCGUGCCGCGCCGCUCCGUCCCCGGAGCCGCGGACCGGCGCCCGGGAGCGAUCGGCGCUCCGCGGGUCGGUCCGCCUCCGCCGGGCAGGAUGGUGGACUUGGACAGCGAGGUCCCCCCGCUGCCGCCGCGGUACCGCUUUCGAGAUCUGCUGCUGGGUGACCAGGGCUGGCAGAGCGACGACAGGGUGCAAGUUGAAUUCUAUAUGAAUGAAAACACAUUUAAAGAGAGACUAAAACUCUUCUUCAUCAAAAACCAAAGAUCAAGUCUGAGAAUACGGUUAUUCAAUUUUUCACUUAAGCUAUUAAGCUGUUUCUUAUACAUAAUUCGUGUGCUUCUGGAUGACCCUACACAAGGACAUGGAUGCAAGGAAUUAAACCGGGAUUGUUACAAUCAAAAUUACACACCCGGAACAAUUGAUUGGUCUCCUAUUAUUUGGGUGAAUCGAAGUUUGCCUUUAUGGGGAUUACAGGUUUCAGUGGCUUUAAUAAGUCUCUUUGAAACACUAUUGCUGAGUUAUCUUAGCUACAAGGGAAAUAUCUGGGAACAAAUUCUGCGAAUACCCUUCCUGCUGGAAAUAAUAAACGCUGUCCCUUUCAUCAUUACGAUUUUCUGGCCAGUCCUAAGAAACCUGUUUAUUCCUGUUUUUUUAAACUGUUGGCUAGCAAAGCAUGCUUUGGAGAAUAUGAUUAAUGAUCUUCACAGAGCCAUCCAACGUACACAGUCUGCAAUGUUUAACCAAGUCCUCAUUUUAAUAUCCACUUUACUGUGUCUUAUCUUCACUUGUAUUUGUGGAAUUCAACAUCUGGAACGAGCAGGAAACAAGUUGACUCUCUUUGACUCCCUUUAUUUCUGCAUAGUGACAUUUUCCACGGUGGGCUUUGGGGAUGUUACACCCAAGAUAUGGCCUUCAAAACUGCUUGUUGUCAUUAUGAUCUGUGUUGCACUUGUGGUGUUGCCCAUACAGUUUGAACAGCUGGCGUAUUUGUGGAUGGAGAGACAGAAGUCCGGAGGCAACUACAGUCGACACAGAGCUCAGACGGAAAAACAUGUUGUGCUGUGCGUCAGCUCUCUGAAGAUUGAUCUACUUAUGGAUUUUUUAAAUGAAUUCUAUGCUCACCCUAGGCUGCAGGACUAUUAUGUUGUUAUUUUGUGUCCUACUGAAAUGGAUGCUCAGGUCCGGAGAGUGUUACAAAUCCCGAUGUGGUCUCAAAGAGUUAUCUAUCUCCAAGGCUCAGCACUAAAAGAUCAAGACCUGCUGAGAGCAAAAAUGGAUGAUGCUGAAGCUUGUUUCAUUCUAAGUAGCCGCUGUGAGGUGGACAGAACAGCAGCUGAUCAUCAAACCAUUUUAAGAGCAUGGGCUGUUAAAGACUUUGCCCCGAACUGCCCUUUGUAUGUCCAAAUACUGAAACCUGAGAAUAAAUUCCACAUCAAGUUUGCAGAUCAUGUUGUGUGUGAAGAAGAAUUCAAAUAUGCUAUGCUAGCUCUAAACUGUAUAUGUCCAGCUACCUCUACAUUGAUCACACUGCUGGUUCAUACCUCCAGGGGACAAACGGCACCAUGGGAAGCUUUUCGACAACUAACUGGAACCAGACAGACUCUGAACAGAGAGAGUCAGCAAUCAUCAGAACAGUGGCAGAAAAUGUAUGGCAGAUGCUCUGGUAAUGAAGUGUUUCACAUUAACCUGGAAGAAAGUACUUUUUUUGCUGAGUAUGAGGGGAAAAGCUUCACAUAUGCUUCUUUCCAUGCACAUAAAAAGUUUGGAGUCUGUCUGAUUGGUGUUAGAAAGGAAGAUAACAAAAACAUUUUGCUGAAUCCAGGUCCUCGGUAUAUCAUGAGUUCUACAGAUAUAUGCUUUUAUAUAAAUAUCACCAAAGAAGAGAAUUCUGCUUUCAAGAAGCAAGAAAAACACAGAAAAAGACAUGAAUCAAAAUUAUCUUAUCAUGGAGCAUCUAGGUUGCCUGUACACAGUAUAAUAGCCAGCAUGGGAACCGUAGCUAUCGAUUUACAAGACACAGGAUGCCGAACGUCCAGCGGACCUACACUAGCUCUUCCUUCUGAGGGAGGUAAAGAGGGCAGACGGCCCAGUAUAGCACCUGUUCUGGAGGUUGCAGACUCAUCCUCACUUCAGGCAUGCGACCUUCUAAGUGACCAAUCAGAAGAUGAAACCACUCCAUCUGAUGACGAAGUCUCUGCAGGCUUAGAGUAUGCCAAAGGCUAUCCUCCUUACUCUCCUUACAUUGGAAGUUCUCCCACAUUUUGUCAUCUUCUGCAUGAAAAAGUACCCUUCUGUUGUCUAAGACUAGAUAAGGGGUGCCAGCAUAACUACUAUGAAGAUGCCAAAGCCUAUGGAUUCAAAAAUAAAUUGAUUAUCGUUGCAGCAGAAACUGCUGGAAAUGGCUUAUAUAAUUUUAUCGUCCCUCUUAGAGCUUAUUACAGACCGAAAAAAGAACUCAAUCCCAUUGUAUUACUCCUGGAUAACCCGCCAGAUAUGCAUUUUCUGGAUGCAAUCUGUUGGUUUCCAAUGGUUUACUACAUGGUGGGCUCUAUCGACAACCUAGAUGACUUAUUAAGAUGUGGGGUCACCUUUGCAGCUAAUAUGGUGGUGGUGGACAAAGAAAGUACAAUGAGUGCUGAGGAAGACUACAUGGCAGAUGCUAAGACCAUUGUAAAUGUUCAAACACUCUUCAGGUUGUUCUCGAGCCUAAGCAUUAUCACAGAGCUAACUCACCCCGCCAAUAUGAGAUUCAUGCAAUUCAGAGCCAAAGACUGCUAUUCUCUUGCUUUAUCCAAAUUGGAAAAGAAAGAACGGGAGAAGGGAUCUAAUUUAGCAUUUAUGUUUCGACUGCCCUUCGCCGCUGGCAGGGUUUUCAGCAUCAGUAUGUUGGACACACUGCUGUACCAGUCAUUUGUGAAAGAUUAUAUGAUCUCUAUCACAAGACUUCUCCUAGGACUUGAUACAACACCAGGAUCUGGGUUUCUUUGUUCAAUGAAAAUCACAGAAGAGGAUUUAUGGAUUAGGACAUAUGCCAGACUAUAUCAGAAACUUUGUUCUUCUACAGGAGACAUUCCAAUUGGAGUCUACAGGACAGAAUCCCAAAAGCUUACAACGUCUGAAUCUCAAAUAUCUAUCAGCGUAGAAGAAUGGGAAGACACUAAGGACACCAGGGAACAGGUUAACUAUCGUAGUAAUCAUCGUAACUCAACAUCUAGUGAUCAGUCCGAUCACCCCUUGUUACGACGAAAAAGCAUGCAGUGGGCUCGACGGCUGAGCCGAAGAGUACCGAGACACUCUGGUAAAACAGCUGAGAGGAUAAGCCAGCAACGAAUGAACCUUUACAGGAGGUCAGAAAGACAGGAACUUGCUGAGCUUGUGAAAAACAGAAUGAAACAUCUGGGCCUGUCUCCAGCAGGAUACGAUGAAAUGAAUGAUCAUCAGAACAACCUUUCUUACAUCCUGAUCAAUCCUUCUCCAGAUACAAGAUUAGAGCUGAAUGAUAUAGUAUACUUGAUCCGACCUGAUCCAUUGGCUUAUGUUCCAAACACAGCAUCCAGCCGAAAAGACAGCUUCUGCAAUACAGUGGGACAAGAUACCAGAGAGGAAACACAACUUUGAUAUGCAAUUCAACAAAAUUAACAGUUUUAUACAUAUAGUUUCCUCCAAUCAUUUUGAAAACUAAGUGGUACAUUUUAUUCAGUUUUUGGAAACAAAGUGACAGUGGGUAAGUCACUAAUUUUAGAAACACGGUCUCUAGAAACUCUUAUGAGUUUCCUCAUGAUUGUCCAUCUUGUAGCCUGUUCAACAUUGUAGUUGAACUUCAGUUUAGCAGAAAACUGUUUGAUUUAACCAAUAUGAAGAAAUGAUUAAAGAAGAGACUCCAAAAUGUUUCACUUAGAAGCUUCUAAGUAUAUCUAUCAAGGUGGCAGCAUGUCUGCAAGUAAGCUCCCGACAUAAAUCAUAAAAGAUUAUCUGAUGUCCAUCAAGGGAUCAUGUAUGCGUAGCAGAAAACAAGUUAAUAUUUAAAGUUGUCAAAGAGGAUGUUUGUGCCAAGAAUACAACCUCUGAGAUAAUUUUCAAGCUUAACUUGUCACCCAUUUAUAUUUGAACAGCCUUGUUUUACUCCCAUUAUGGCCUCUAGGACUUGAAUGUUUGCUCUGUGAGUUUACAGAUGACACAGCUUAGUCACACUGUAGAGAUUGACCUGAGGCACAUCUACUGAAAAAUUAGCUCAGAGAAGCUCAGAGAACCUCACAGAGGCAUUUCAAGAAGGAACAAUUCAUAGAGCAAGCAAAGCAGAACCUUUAAAGGAAUUAUAUAAAAGCAGUCCUUUACAUUUGCAAAAAUCUGGUAAGAAUAUGUGAAGCUACAAACAGCUGUAGCUCAGAUGAAAAAUGAAUCAUUUAACAUGAAUUUUCAGUCACAGAACGGCUUGGUUGAAAUGGAACUUAAUUAUCAUCAAGUUCCAAUCUACCUGCCAUGAGGAGGGUUGCCAUCCACUAAAUCAAGUUGGUAGCAAGAAGACUCAAUGGAUGAUGCCAAAUGCAAGUGUCUCUCCAGGGAGCAACUAAAACCACAGAUCGUUCCCACUCCCAUGGCGAUGUCAGAACUCCAACUGUUCAAACUACAAGCAUACCCCAUUCAUAUUACCCAAAUAUGAUACUUGUUCAUAUGAAACUACAUAUCAUAAUGAAAACAAGAAAAGCUUGUAAUCUAUUCCACAAAAUAAAUGGAGCACUACAUUAAAUGGAUUUGAAGGCUUUGGCAUUCAAUACGCAAGAAAGCAUCUACAGUGUAUGAAGCAUCUGAAGCUGCUACAGAAUCUCCAGUCUACAUAUACAAGAAUCCCAGAAGUUUUGGUCAAGAAUUUACUUACAGAAGUAAACAUAGUUGUACACAAUCUUCAAAACAUUCUUGCUUUGCCAUUGAUCAUGAAAGGGGAGGAAGGUCCUUAAGGUUCAAACCAUCCUGCUACAACAAUCAAUACAGGACUGUUACAAAAAAAUUGACAUGUGGACUGAAGUGGCAGAACCAAUAAUUCUUUGAAUUCCCUUGAUGUUCUCUGUGUACAGAGAAAUCCUCUCUAAAAACAUUUUUUUUAUUAUUUGGAAAAAAAGCAUAGCUGAUAUUGUUCUGAAAAAUAAAAUGCCAAGCUGCCUGAAGAACAAGCAAGUAUGCUUAUCAGUACUGCAAGUAUGUUAAAAAUCACAUCACACUCCUAUUAGGAAUAACACAAGGUCUGCUAUUAUUCCUUCUCUUCCUCUUAAUUUUUCCAAAACUAAACUGUAAGGAAUUAGAGGUCUUAGAGCAAACCAAAGCAAUCAGAUGCUUCAAAGCAAUUGAAACAAUUGCUCAUACCAUCUCUUAGACAGAAUCUUGUCCAGAUUGCAUCAUAGAAACUAUCACAUAGAAAUAAUUGUUUGUAAAAUGAAUAGCCUUCUAUUUUUAAUACCUUCAGAGAGAAGACUAUGCCAGUUGUAUGUUUCCAAGCAAGAGAAGUGUUUUAUAAAAUGUUCACUCCAAAAUAUUAGAACAAUUCUGUGUUUCAUACUGAAGGUCUUUCUAACACAGUCUCAAGUAGGCAAACAGAAUUUCAGAAACAUGCCUAGUAUCCACAACCAGCAAGCUACUCUGCUUUUCACACAGUAUAUCCUGGAGUCAUCCAAUCCAGACAUUAUCUGUACAUUGCCUGAAGUAACCGCAACAGAUUUAAAGACUCUCUGCCACAAGAAUAGUUAGGGCUCCAUGCCUGGCAUUUACCAUCUUAUAAACAAGUAGAAAUAAGUAGUUAGGCAUAUCCAUUUUUCUACCCAACUCAGUGGAACAGUAGCAUCUACUGUCACUUGAUAUUUCCUAGACUUGAUGGAUUUUUAAUUGCUCAAUAGCCCUAGAGACAGGUAGAGACAACUUGCAGCAUGCCUAAAAUAAAGCAAAGAUAAUUUUUCUGAAUAUAAAUGCUUGGUUCUUUUCAAAUUCUACUGGAAGAUGAGCAAGGUAAAAGCUAGCAGCUUCUUUUGAGACAAGUCUAAUAACACCUUGAUGAUGCACUGCUCUAUGCCGUGAUUCAAGAUGUGCCACCUUUCAUGCUGGAAGCAGAACAGCUUUGCUUCCCCAGGCACGUCUGCAGACCCCAUUCUAGUGGGAUUUAAGCCUUUCAAGAACCAUACCGAGUACUCUACAUUAACACUGAAUGAGAUAGCACGCAUAUUCCUUGAUGGCCAUGAAGGCAGUUCUUUGAGGAUCACUUUACAGGCAAUCUUGCGUUCACAUGCUUCUUGCUAAGAUUAUCAGCAAUAUAAUACAGCUGGACUGGAGAUCAAGUUGAGAAAAAGUAAUAUCCAUGCUCAAUGCUAGAGGAGGGAUGACAAAGCUUCAGAGUCAUUGGGUCCAGAAGACUUGAACAGAGUUGUGUCUGAUGACAAUUCACUCAGUGAAUACAGAGAUUAAACUUAUGAUCAUUUACAAAAGCAAGUGAUUAAAUUCUGAACCAACUGUCAGAAGCCAGAUGGCCAAAUAACAUCUUUUCCCCACUCAAUCAAAGAAAACAGCAGAUUUCAGUCUGUAUUUAACUGUAUGUACUUUUUUUUCUUCUCUUUGUAACUCGUAUUAAUAGUAAAUCAGACAUGCUCUCUUUACCAAACACUUCCUUGAACAACUACGAGGAAACCUGGAAGUCAAAGGGACGAAACAUGUUAUUUAUUCUACAAUAAAAAGUCACAAUAGGUAUUACCGUGGAAUACAUUGUGUUUCCUUUACUGUUCCACUCCAGUUCCAGAACACGCACUAACACAACUUGAGUUCUCAAAAUCUGUAGUAGUGUGAGUUAAUGAAGUUUUCAUUUUAAUUUCCAAGUCAAACUGUUAUAAUAUAGUUCCUUCAACCAUAGCUUCCUACCUUUGUAGCAAAUCGUGUACUUCAAAGUAUUUAAGUUACUGAAGACUUCUUAUACAUCUGUUUACUACUGCACCAAUAAAAUGCAAAAUAAAUAGUUUUUGGGUUUCUGCUAUGGAGGAAAAAUUAAGUAACAGCAAAUGUACCCAAAACAACACAAUUCUGUAGUUUCUAGGCAGUAAAUCCUGAAAACAAGUAUUUUGUAAAUUUGAAGCACUGAUGUAUGAGGCUUUGAUGAGCUGAAAUCUACUUGAUAUCUGAAUAAAAUCAGUCAUUACAAUCCCAAAACAAAUUAAUAAAAACAAGCAGUACUACCUAAUAAUAUCAAGUACACAAGAUUAUUUAGAAAUCUGUUUUCGAGCUAGAGGCAUAAAUGCAGAUAUCUGCUUAAAAUAUCAUGCAUAUUCUUCAUAUGAUGCACUAGGAAACAGACAUACAUUGAAUAUAUGUCUAAAGGACUGCACUUCAACUUUCUUACCUCUAUUUUUUUUGCUUGAUGCAGAACAUACAUUAAAGGGAGAGCAGAGAAGUAAUGAACACUAUGAAAGAUCACUAAGACCUUGCUGAUCAUCAUCUUUAGAGGUUGCAAAAAAAUAUUAAUGAACUAUACAAGAAAAUCAUUAUUGUCUAUACUAGUGAUGCGAUGAUGCUGUCAAAUAACGGAUGUUGAACACAAGUAUGAACUCCCAGAGACUCAAGAAACUUAAUUAGGAAAAUGCUUCUGCUUUACAAAGUAAAAAACAAGAAUUUGAUGUUUUUACAAACUAGUUUUCAAUUUAUUAUGUAAAAUUUGGAUACUUGCUAGCACUGUAAAGUAGGAUAAAUUUCUCUAAAGUUUUUUUCUCCUCAGAUCAAAAAAACAGAGUGAGGGAUAUUUAUUCUCACUCCCUUCUUUUCCUUAGAGGCUGACUUAACAACUGUCAGAUACUCAAUGGAGAAACAUAAAGCAAUUGCCAUUCUCCUUGUCAAAAAGAAAAGCUGACUUUCUCCUAAUCUGCUCUUCCUUAUCUAACUACCAAAAAAAUAAAGAAAAUAUGUUGAAAGGAAUUAGAAUGUAUCCUGAGGAGAGUCUUGUCUACCCAGAAGUUUUGUCACCACUUAGGUGAACUCCACAAUGCAAAUCAACAUAACCUGAGGCCUUCCAUCCCACAAGAAUACUAUCUUCUUUAAAAUAAGGUACUGUUUAAUGCAUUUUCUCAACAAGAUAAUCUAGGAAGUGUUAAAUGUAUAAUAUCUAUGUCAACUUGUUCAAUUUUCAGACUUCCAUUAGCUACAGUAUACUCAAGGACAUCAACUCAAGUAUUUUUAAUAUCAGCUAUCAAGGAACAAAGAAUAGGAACUACAGCAAAAUUCUCAGCAAACAGGAUAAAAUAGAGGACAGAGUAGAGAUGUGCUAGUCCUCAGAAAGCCCCAAUAAAAACUUAGAUGAUGUAAGAAACCGCCAUAACCACAAACUAAGACAAUAAAUGCAAAGAGAUCUCUGAUAUUUAUAGAUACCUAUAAAAAUAAUAGAGAAUGCAGACGUUAACCCCAAAGCAAGAUACUUAGUAACAGAAACACAGUAGAAUAUGGAAUUGAUUUUAGCCACGCUUGUUAUUUCACUACUUCAAGUACAGCUAUGGUUUCCAUACACAUAAGAAUCAGCAGUUAAAUUAUUGAUCCAGCUGGUUUGCAUAGACUGAAGUUCAUUUAUUAUUUAAGUUCAUUUUAUAGUUUUAAUAUACAUUAAAUCACAGCUGUGAUUAAAGUAAUCUAAUACAACUCUCAGUGCUAUAAUUGCUAUCUCCUACAUCUGUAGGCACACUUGAAGCUCAGUGUCCUGUUGUGGGACAGCAAAACAGUAAGGGUAUCUUUAGCAUUUUUUUUCAUACUCAUUUUUUUCCCUAACUAGGUGGGAAAUCCACUGCCAAUGAAAAGACAUUUUUCUAGAAAACAACUGAACCAUGAGAUGCUUUAUUGCAACAACUUUUCCCCAGAGCCAAUGUAAUUACUCAGUUAUUGGACAGACUGCUGUUCUCUAGGUAGAUGCUUUAAUCAAGAACACAUACUGCUUAUUCUUCAGUAUUUAUACUAGUCUGUCUUUGAAGCAUUCAAAAAAAUCAUUAUUAAACCUUCAUUUCAGCAAAACAAAGCUUAGUAAAAACAAUCUGGACAUAGCUUUGUUAUUAAGUGGAGGCAAAAGUAAUACAUUCAUGUUAGGUGUACUAAGUCCUGGGAUGUACAGAGGUAGAAAAUGAGCUCCACUCUGAGCCAGUCAUUUUUACAAAAUUACAUGAGUCUAAAGCAUCAACUAGACUACUAGGAAGUAGAAAUUCUCAUUGCCAAAAUGAAAAAAAGUAGUUAAGUCCUGUCCUUUCCUCUAGAUUAACAAGCACAGAGAUUUUUCUACUUCGUACCUGACUCUUGAAUGGAAAGUAGAAGAGACCAAUGAUUAUCUCUCAAAUGCAUUUAGACUAAGAAGAAAAGUAACAGAUUCACAACAGGAGCUAGUUGCAGAACAUUAGUCUUCAGAAGAAAAUCUUCUGGUGUACACACUAGCAAGACACCACUUACUAACACAAGAGAAUUUCCACAGAUGCAUAUUGAACGUUCACAAAUGACUUUGGCCUUGCCUCACUCACAAUGUGCCCCUUCCUUCAAGGACAAGCUGUAGCUUUCUAAAAAAAAAAAAAAAAAAAAAAAAAAAAAACAAAGACACCCAGAAUCCAAAGUAUUUGCAACUGGUUCCAAUCAAGCUCUGGAGUUAAAUUCUUAUGUAGCCCUCCAAUUCAUCUCAGGUGUUAAGUGUUUCCACUAAUAAGCUACAUGAAUUACUCUGUGCAAAUUAUCUGGCUACUGCAGCCCAGCUGUAUCAUCUGCAGAGAAGCCUUACAACACAGUAGACAAACACAAGAUAAAAAUAAGAGCAAUUUCCUCUGGCUUUUUUUUUUUUUUUUUUAAUUUAGCUUAGGCAAUGGGAAACAAAGGGAGAUGUUGAUUACUUUUGCUGUAACAAGGCCUGUUUCUUUAAGAAAAUUCCUUAGUCACUAUAGGAGUUUUAUUACCAACUUGAACAAGAAAGAAAACAUCUACAUGCAGGUACAAACGAUAGCUAGAAAUAUAUAGAGACACUUGGUUUACCAGCCCUCCCUUUAUAAACUUGGACUUUUUAAACGUUGAUGAACAACAAUACUGAAUCCACAUUUGAGAAUUAUGUAACUCAUCACAUCCCACCCUAAGACCAUU